CAACUCCAUAACCACAUUACACUUUUCAUUCACUUUUGUGUGUUGAAUUUUUCUUCUCCGACCAUGGGUGAAGCUCCAGUGUUCUACAUUAAUGGGUUCUCAAAGUUUGAACACGAAAUCCAACAACAGAACCAUGUGAACGACCAGAACCAUGAUUCCUCUUGGUACGAGGAAAUCAUCGAUGAAGAUCUCAAAUGGUCUUUUAAACUCAACAGUGUGCUUCAUAAAGCGAUUAGUAAAUACCAGGAUAUAACACUCUUAGACACCAAGCGUUUUGGCAAGGCUUUGGUUCUUGAUGGGAAGAUGCAAAGUGCAGAAACAGACGAGUUUAUCUAUCACGAAUGCUUGAUUCACCCUUCUCUUUUGUGUCACCCUAAUCCGAAGACUGUGUUUAUAAUGGGAGGAGGUGAGGGUUCUGCAGCAAGAGAAGCCCUUAAGCACAAGUCAAUCGACAGAGUCGUUAUGUGCGAUAUCGAUAAGGAUGUGGUAGAUUUCUGCAAAAAAUACUUGAUUGCAAAUAGGGAAGCAUUUUCUAAUAAGAAGCUGUACCUUGUGAUCAAUGAUGCGAAGGCUGAAUUGGUGAAGAGAAAGGAGAGAUUUGAUAUCAUUGUUGGAGAUUUAGCAGACCCACUUGAAGAUGGACCAUGUUACCAACUCUACACCAAAUCCUUCUAUGAGAACAUACUCAAACCAAAGUUAAAUGAUAAUGGCAUUUUUGUCACCCAGGCUGGACCAGCAGGUAUCUUCACACACAAAGAGGUUUUCACUUCUAUAUAUAACACAAUCAAACAGGUCUUCAAAUAUGUCAUUGCAUACACAACUCAUGUACCAUCAUUUGCUGACACAUGGGGAUGGGUCAUGGCUUCGGAUCAACCACUAUCAAUUUGUGCUGAAGAAAUGGACAGAAGAAUUGCAGAAAGAAUAGAUGGAGAACUUCUCUAUCUAAAUGGUGCUUGGUUCCAUUCAUCCACGACAAUGAACAAAACUGUUUACCAAUCUCUGCAGAAUGAAAGUCAUGUGUACACAGAAGAAAAUGCUAGAUUUAUUCCAGGGCAUGGAGUGGCUUUUCGUCUCUAACUUUCAAACCAUAGAUUGAGGGGUAUUGUUUUGACCUAUAGGAUGCAUUAUUAGUUUCAUUGUCAUUGAAUUAUUAUCUGCUUGGACUCUCUUGGUUUUUACGGUUUUUUCUUUGGAAAAUGGGUUAAAAAGAAGUAAGUGUUUAUAAAUUAUCUUCAGUAUUAAUUCAAUUAAAUAAAGUUAGAGGUAUAACAACUCACCGAAUGCAAAAUCUUAUUUAUAUAGGUUAAAUUAAACUUGAAAGUUUACUUACUUAAUAUAAUAUUAGAAUUAUUUCAAGUAUUUUAGUAAGAUUUGUUGUUUGUUAAAUUUCCAGUGUCAUUAAAGUGUAAUCUUUAAAAAUAUACAUGUCUUGACCUGAAGAGAAUGUUGGAGAUUUUGAAUUUACGUUUACAUAGUCCAAACAGAUAACACAUUCAAUUCAAUGAAACUAUGAAUGGAGCAACCUUUGAGGUUGAAUACAGAAACUCUUGCAUACUCUGACUCUCACCUUCAAAUCAUUGCGCGGUAGAGUUUAACUUCGAAGUUGAUAAUCAGAGUGCACAUUCAAUUUUUGUAAUUCAUGCAUGUUUUCAUUUGUAAAUUGGUGUUAGAGUAUGUUGGAAUUUGCUGUACAGAGUACAGAGAUAUCGAAAGGACUGGACAUUCAAAGCAAUAAGAACAGCAACAUCAAUCAAAUAAUUCCAACAA